CGACGGAUCGAGAGAGAGAGAGAGGGACGAUAAUUGUCGCGGCGAUUUUAAUAAACCGACAUACACUGCUGCUUUCCGAAAAUGCGACUACGCGUUUACGUAAUCCGCGGCUGCGUGACAGACGAGCGACGGCGCUGUUGCUCCUGCUGAAGUGCCGCCGCGUCGAUUAGAAGCUGCGGCGAGAAGUCAAAGCAAGAGUCAACAGUAUAGAGAGGGAAGAGGACCGGACGAGUAGCAGACGGACAUACGAAAAUUUCGCUGCGCACGUAGCUAUAGUACAAGCCUAUAAGCACGCACCGAGAGAGCGCCGCAGGCAAGCUAGGCCCUAUAGGUACAGACACUGUAUACUACUACGCAGUAGCCGUAGCCGCGCUGAUCGCACAGCACAGGGCAGUUCGAGUAUACAAUAUACAUACUAUACAGUGUGUGGUGUUCGCGCAGUGUGGCCCGAGCGGCGUGAGUGCGUGGAGAUUAUAUACCGGGAGCAGCGAAAUAUAUCGAACCCUGCGAAUCGAUCAUCUCAGUCGGAGCUCUACUUCUCGGCGCUCCAGUGGUGUGCACCGAUUCCCGGCCCGAACUCUACUCGCCACUGUCGAGGUGUUCGCACUCCGCGUUAGUGCGAAUCGCCGAGUCACACAGGCCGCAGCGCAACGAAUCUACGGGGCGGGCAUACAUAACCCCUAAAUCGAGCGCAACGUGCUCGCGGCGGCGACGGCGGCGCUGCGUCGGUGUACUCGGAUUGAAAACAGAGUAGUGUGUGCGUGAGAGCUGCCGCAGGAGCGAGGGGAGGGGGAAAAAGAAGACCGAGCGAGCGAGAAACUAGUGCGCGAAACGUGCGCGUCGAGCUCCCGAGCCGAAUCUUCUCGAGCACGUUUAUCUGCCGACGGAGAGGAUCAUCAUCUUUUCGCGGUGGGUGCGCGUGCGAGGAUUCACGCGCCGCGCGGAGGAUUAUGGACUCUGGUAGCCGGACACGCUGAGCCGCAGCAGAAGAGAAGCAGGCAAGUAAGCGAGAGAGAGAGAGAGAGAGAGAGAGAGUAGAGUGAGAAAGAGAGAGCCAGGCCACAGGCCCCCCGAACACGAGGCGGCCGCCGCGCCGCUGGCUCACAUAACCUCACUUUCGCGCACCCGAAAUCUCGAGGCUGCGCUGCUCCGGAAGGCGGCGUUCUCUGGGCCCUCGAGCCGACAGCUCUUCCCGAGACGACAGCGCUCAGCGUCCAUGUCGAGAUACAGCUGCUAGGACAGAUCGUCGAGGCCCUGCGGGACUCAGUUUCGUCGUCGCUGUCCACGAGGUGGAGAGCGAGAGAGACAGCGAUUGGGAAGCCGAGCGCCACAGAGAGAGACAGCGCGAAGCGAAAGGCAGUAGCGCACGGAGAGCCGAGGAGAUACCCUCUCAAAGAUGGCGGCCAAGGUGGCAAGCAGCGGCAGCGUGCAGCAGCAGGGCAGUAGCGAGAGGGAGGAGUACCCGGCCGGUGUUUCCUACGCGAGCGUGCUCAACCCGACGAAGGCCGCUCCCGACACGAGCACCUCUUCUUCGGCGACUAUGAUGGGCUGUCCAAAAGACAACAACAAGGAGAACAUUGGAGGACAAAUAUCUGCUAUGCAGAAUGCUUCCGAGGCUAAAGGAAAGUCCUACAGAAAAACCAGUCGCAGGUUUGAAAAUCAAAGACACAUAGCUACAGAACGUAGACUGUAUGGAAAUUAUGUGCCCCAUAACAAUACACCAGCUCCUAUGGAAGCUAACCCUGCUGUGAAGGCAGCAAAUAUUACUCGUUCCGAUGGAAACGUUAAGGAAGGAACUGAAGAAGUCAUCAAGAAUGGUGACAUAGGAAGUGAUGGGGAAUUUCAAACUGUAGCACCCAAGAGUGCAAGGCGAAAGGAAAAACUGAAGGAGCACAGAGAAUUUGUUGAACUUCCUUAUCGGAACAAGGAUAAGCAAAGGUUGCAUGGUCGAAAUGCAGAAAGUAAUGAGAGGUCACACAAGGAGAGGGAGCAUAUUUUUAAUGCCAAAGAUGGCUCCAAGGACAAGGAUAAGGAUAAGGACAAAGAAAAGGAGAAGGAGACUGAGGUAGCUGUUGAAGAAACUGAGCAUCAACCCGUCAAAUAUGUUGAAGCUCCCCUUCCAGUUGUAAAUCCUUGGAUAAAGAGCAAGGCCAAUGCAACUCAGCAGCCAGCUGCUCCUAAAAAAACGGCAGCUCCCGUUGCACCUUCACCUGCUUCAGCUCCAGUACUAGCACCAGCUCCAGCACCAGUUCCGGUACCAGCUCCAGUAGCAGCAGCACCAGCUCCGGCACCAGUUCCAGCAGCAGCAGCACCUGCUCCAGCAGAAAAGCCUGUUGAAAAGGAGAAGCGGGUUUUGCAACCUCAGCAGCAGAGAGUCAAAACUGAAAACGGAGUCGGCAGCGGUGUACAACCGACGAUCGUGAAAGCUCCCAAGGACCGGCGAAAGUUCAAUCAGAAGGCGAGCGACUUCACGGAUAUCGGAGACUGGCCGACUUUGGGCGCUCAAGGAGAGAAGAAGCCAAGCGUAAACGGACCGAAGCAGAAUGGCGUCACUGAGCACCAGAGUAACUCAAAGGAGGGCAGCGUUGGUGCCUCCGAAAGCAAGGGCAAGGAGAACAAGGAGCAGAAUCACUGUCAAGAGGACAGUGAUGAGCAGACGGACAACGUCGACAAGAAGAAAAAAGCAAACAAGCAAAAAUGGGUUCCGCUAGAGAUCGAUAUAACGAAAAAUCGUAGCAAAAGAGAGCGAUCGCCAAAACACCACUUGCAAAGAGAUAAGAAUGUUGACAGCAGGAGAAAUGAAGAUGAAAACUGGAGGGAAAGGGAUGAUCGAUCCAGUUACAAUAAUAAUUACCGAGGAGGUCGUGGUAGAGGUGGAUACCGCGGCAGAGGAAGAGGCCGUGGAAGUAUAUCGCGCGGUGGUUUCCGUCACAGACACGACUACUUGGGAUAUCCAGGAGACUAUUCUCAGGUGAUUAUGGCUCAGAUGAACAAAUUUGGUGCAGCUGAUCCUAACUACAUGAUGCCUUAUAUGGGGACGUUUUACUUUAAUAACUCAAACUAUGUAAAUUUGGAUAACACGACGCUAAAGGAGUACAUAAAGAAACAAAUAGAAUAUUAUUUUAGCGAGGAAAAUCUUUUAAGAGACUUUUUCUUAAGACGAAAGAUGGACGCUCAAGGUUUCUUACCCAUAACUCUGAUUGCAUCCUUCCAUCGCGUACAGGCCUUAACUACGGAUGUUGCUCUAGUCAUUGAGGCUAUCACAGAAUCAGAUAAGCUAGAAUUGGUGGAUGGUUUUAAGGUGCGCACCUUGUUUGACCCACUCAAGUGGCCGAUCCUCGAUGCAGCUGGUAAUCCGCUCUCUUCGGAUUCGUCUGAUACUUCGUCACAUUCUCAGACCGAUGUAAUGCCACCACACCAACCUGAAUUCCAUCCUGCAGCUAAGCCUUUGGCUACUAUUCCAGCGCCGCCAAUACCUCGUUUGCUUCAAAGUGCUCCUAUGAAUGUUGAGGUACCACGUCUCAGUGAAUCCGAGAGUAUUGGUUCAUCGGUGGGCGACAGCCUAAAUCCGGAUGUGCCGGAAUUUGUACCAAUUGUAUUGGCAGCGCUUAAACCUGAAGGGCCAAAAUCAGAAAAGAAUACUUUGCCAAAAACAGAGGAAAAUACCGUAGAAAAGAAAGGAAUGAACGAAGAAGAAAAAAAAGAAGAAAGCCAAAAAGCAGAGAAAAAAGUAUCAUCUGAUAAGCCUAACGCACUACUCACAAAUGGAGAAGUUCAACCAGUUGUAGACGAUGUUUGGAAAGAGGUCAAAAGAAGAACAAAGCAACCUGCUAAAGAAAAAGGUGUAAGCAGUCAAAAAGUAAAUAAUAAAGAACAGGAAAAAGAAGAAUUGGAUUUUCAGUUUGAUGAAGAAUUAGAUACUCCUCCGCCAACUGGCCGACAUAAUGCAUUCUCAGAAUUGUCCGAAGAUGACGACGAUUAUGAGAUAUCUGACAGAGAUAUAAAUAAGUUAUUGAUUGUGACACAAACUACGUCUUCAAGAAUUCCAAAACACGAAGGGCAUGAUCGCACUGGUGAUUGGACUACUCGAGUUAAAAUGUCACAAGACCUUGAACAGGCUAUUAACGAUGGCUUGUAUUAUUAUGAAGAAGAUCUAUGGGGAGAUGAUGGACAAAGAUAUGGUUCUUCUUCGUCUAUUGGAAGUUACAAGACUAUUAACAUCAUCAGCCAGGAAGCUUUUGAGAAGAUAGCGCCUAAAGCCCCUCGCAAAACUAAUCCAGAAGUACCUCCGCCACCUCCAACGCCUAUGGAAGAUGCAGAAGUACCAGAACAUUCGAAGUCAAAGCAGACUUCUCAACCAGCGCAGGUUCCCGGUGAAUCAGCGCAAGAGAAACGUGAUCAGAUCGCCGAAAAGAGGCGUAAAAACGACAAACUCCGUGAUGCUAGACGAGCAGUGCCAAGAUUCUUUGCCGUUGUCAAGGAUGAACCUGCAGUUGAUCCUAGAACUCCACGUAAGCGUAAGACGCGUCAUAGUAAUAACCCUCCGGUUGAGCAUCACGUUGGUUGGAUUAUGGAUGUCAGGGAGCACAGACCCAGAACUUAUUCUACAGGAAGUAGUACUGGUACAAGUCCAAAUGAAGGUUUCUUAGCUAGCAGUUAUGGUAGUGCUCCACAAUCGUUGCCAACUUUCCAACAUCCUAGUCAUUCAUUAUUGAAAGAAAACGGCUUCACUCAACAAGUGUAUCACAAAUAUCAUUCACGUUGUCUCAAAGAGCGUAAAAGAUUAGGCAUUGGCCAGUCGCAAGAAAUGAAUACACUCUUCCGAUUUUGGUCAUUCUUUUUAAGAGAAAACUUUAACCGGACUAUGUACGAAGAAUUUAGAACAAUAGCGUACGAAGAUGCCUGCGAAGGAUAUCGUUAUGGAUUGGAAUGUCUAUUCCGAUUUUACAGUUAUGGCUUAGAAAAGAAAUUUAGAGCACAACUUUACAAAGACUUCCAAGCAGAAACAUUAAAAGAUUACGAAAGUGGUCAACUUUAUGGAUUAGAAAAGUUUUGGGCGUUCUUAAAAUAUUACAAGUAUGGAGAUGAACUUCAUGUUGAUCCGAAAUUACAAGAGCAUCUCGAGAAAUUCAAGACUAUUGAAGACUUUAGAGUAGUAGAGCCACAAAUAAAUGAACUCUCGAGGUCACAAGCUGCCAAACGUCGCAACAGAAGCGUAUCAGAGAGUGCGACUGGAGUCGAAGCAUCUCCAAGUAGUCGAGUUCGCCGACUCUCCGGUGGAUCAAGCACAGUUACACUGCCUACUGUAAACAAUUCCACAUCGUCAACGUCGCAACAUCAGCAGUCGCAAAAACAAAGCGUGAAUCUCGCACAAUACCGCAACCGAGCUGGUUCUUUCGGUUCUGGUAGACUCGGCCAUUCCAGACGACGAACUGAUUCCUCAUCGUCGGCGAGUCAGCAGCAGCAAUCGCAGCCCCGAAGCAGACACAAUUCGGGCUCUUUCAAUAAACCUCAAGAGGUCAAGACCGCGCAGAAGUGAGUGAUCCGCGACGGUAAGUCGGCGACAAUGGAACACUCAACAAAAAGAACACGGGCACGCUCGAGUGAGUGAGAUUUUUUUGAUGAUCGAAAACAUAUUUUUUGAUUUUUAAAUACAAAAUCACGUUUUUACUAACGACGAUAAUGGGAAACGAUAAUAAUCGACGUAUCUGUGCGCGCAUACUCAAUUAUGCUGUGAAAAAAUAAUUCGCACUGCGACUGAGGAGAGGCUAAUCGUUAUUUUCUUUAUUAAAAGCAGAAGAAAUACGUAGUUUUUCAUAUAGAUAUUGCAAAUCCUCGCUAUGUAUUACAGCAGAAAUUGUAAAAAAAAUUUGUCGAACAAUCGUGGCAAUAAGAUAGAUAAUCGAGUUCCAUCAAAAGAAAGCCAGUCCUUUACUCAAUUCAUAAUGAGAAAAGUAAAAUUGUAGUCUUCCCGCGUGAAUUGGGUGAAUUUUGUUACUCCCGUCUGUUCUGUCUCUUCGUUCAGUUUAGUUUUUAUCUGUAGCAAUGACGGAUAGAUAGAAAGGAGGCGGGAAUAGGCGAGAUACCACCCACGCUUACAUAAAACGAACGACAAGGAGAAAAACAUUAAUGUAUUAAACAGUAAAGAAAUAUUUUAAAUUCGGAUAAUUGCACAAAUUUUAUAAUAAGAAAUAAAUCUUAAAAACGGUAAUAUUUCUGUACAAUUAUAAAAUUGCACGCCUAUUAUUGGUAAGCUGCGUAGCAUUAGAAGUUUAUACUACUACUAUACUACUACUGUUUCUAAUAAUUCUAAUACUGAUAUUGUAAUUGUAGAUUUAACGAAGUAAAAUAACGAGAUGCUAAAGACAUGCGAUGCAGCGCGAUGCGCUUAAAUUUUGCAAGUGAAUUCGCAUGAGCUUAGAUUUUUUUUAAUAAUCGCUCUUAGAAUUUGCUUUUGAGCACCAUCGUUUUCUUUUUGCCUGUUUUUUGAUUUUUGUCUUUUUAUCGGCGAAAAACUACAGCAUAACACAUAAGAGCCCAUUGUUGUUACGGAAAAAGUUUGCAAAUUUUACAGUGACUUGAGGAAAAAAAACUUAAAAGUAGUUUUAUUCGUCGCUAUAGAAAUGUGCUCACCCACCACAGACAUCCAGUGAUAUUACUUGUUGGCUCUUUUUAUUAUGAAGUUGAAACUCUAGUGAACUGCACAUAGUAAAGAAUUGACGAAUGCACCCACAAAGUGUUAUGUUUCUCAUUUUUUUUAAUUUUUUUUUUUUCAUCAUACACUUAUCAUAGUUCUCCAAAAGUAUCUUUAACAAAAAAAAAGAAAAAAAAAAUUAAAAUAUAAUACAAAUUCAUUAAAGCCUCGUACAAAAUAAACCGCGUGCUUCGCUCGUUCGCUCGACUCGAUUCGUUAAACGACAAAAAAGGGUGUAUUCAAUUCUUCGUAAAUUUUUGAAGAAAACUUUCCUAAAAAUCUCACGCUGCACUGCCAUGUAUCUAUGUAUAAAAUGCACUCCUGUAACCACUUUCAUCUCAUAAGAGAGAGAAGAUCGCAAAGUCUGAAAUGCUAGUUUGAGUCUUUUACUCGUUUUUAAAAGUCCAGUCGCACUUCCACAAUCGCACGUAUUUAUUUAGCAUCGUGAUCCCUUUAACAAGAUUUACAAGGAUGUGAAAGUCGCUUGUUUGCGGAAUAAGCAAAAUAUAAUAAAAUGGUAAUAUGUAAAAAGUAUGUACUACAUAUUAAACAAGUUACUCACUUUUUAAUAACAAAAUAUUGUAAAGAAAAUUGAAGAAUAUGAUUACUACUUGUGCUUAAAAUCCAACAGUCUGUUUUUAAGCUAAACACUCAAAGUCAAGCAGUAGUAUUUCUAAAUUUUUUGUUUCAUUCUGUGUAAUUAUGUAUAUAUUGUAUUCAUUAUUGCUAUUUUUAAAUAUUUUUUCAAUUUGUAUAAAUACGAAAACAGUGACUAAUUUUUAUAAAAAGUAUAGAACGAUUAUUUCAGUUUUUACAGCGACAUAUAUUAAGAAAUGUGUGACAUUCUAAUUUAAAACUUGUACGAAAAAAAAAUUAUUUUUUUAUAAAUAUUUACUUAUUUGAAAAGUGACUUUUACAAAAACCAUUUCUGCAAGUAGUAGUAAAGAUAAUUCUGAUUUCUUUGACAAAAUCAUUCAAACAAUCCAAUUUAUUUUAGAUAAUUUUGGAAUUUGAUCAAGAAAUGCAGAAAUGUCUAAUGACUGCAAAUGUUUCGUUAAGAAAUUGCAAUAAUAUAAAUAAAUUUGGCGUAACGCGUAUUAAAUGCCCAGUCUGAAUCGAGCAUUCGACGGAACGAGCGAUAAUAAAAGAGUGCACAGAAAAGCUCGUACAAAAUCCAAAAGAUUUUACAGCGAUAAUGAACACACGCGAGGCCGACUAAACGAGAGUUAAUUGAAAUAUUAAAUUGCUCACGAAAAUUUUCAGUUAUCUGUACAUAAAGUAACCUCGAAUAAGAAUAUAACGAUUGUUAAUGCCGAACGUCGUUUCGGAAAAAGCGAUGUAGGUUUAUUAUUAUUAUAUUACAAUUAUUAUUAUUAUUAUUAUUAUUAUAUUAUUAUUAUUAUUAUUAUUAUAUUUUUUGUUGUUUUAAGCGAGUGACUAGCUAUUUUGUCAUUAAGAUUUUUGUCGCGAUGACGAAUAUAUGUUUGAUAAAAGGAUUUGUUCAUGAUCGACGAUUCAGCAGAGUUUAGCGUGUCCUUCACUUAAAUCCAAAGGAUCGAACCAUUUUUAUAAGAAGACUGUUUUUUAUUUUAUAAAUUUAUAUAGUUUUUGCAUAUUUGUAGAGACGUCAGUAUCAAAAAAAUGUACAACAUUUUGUUCUUAAGACAAUUUAAUCGUCUGUACUGCGAUUAAUUUGAAGAAAAUGCACACAUUGAUCUGAAGUCUUGAAACUUUUUCAAACCUCUAUCGUGAUUCUUCAAUCAAUUGAUAUAUUUGUUGUUUGCCGUCGGAAAUUCUACUGUAUUUAUAAUACACAGUAAUAAUCCAAGUAAACUGAAAUUUGUCGAAUCACUAAUUAAAGAUAAGAUUAUAUUUUUUGUUGAAAGAAGCGUCAAAGUGGUUAGAUUCUUUGUUGAAAAAAUUUAAGUGUUUGCGCGCCAUGGCUUGACACUGGGCGAGAAUGUUAUAUAAUAAAAAUAAGAAAGAGAUCGCAAGAGAUGAGUGUUUAUUGCGGAGUUCGCUCGGCGCGGCGUACACGUGCCGAACGAGAGCGGCUCUACACUUUAUUUUUUCUCAGUUUUCUUUUUUUUUCAUUUGCAGUUUAAGCGGCAUGAAUCAUCGUUGAUUUGUAUAAUCGAGUUUAUACAGUUGGUUCGUAAAUCUAAAAGUUAAGGGAGAGUCAACACUAUUUCUUGCAAGCGGGAGAAUUAAAAUGUGGUUUGAAUUUUUAAUGAAUACAAAGAGUUAGUUAUGAUUUUGCUCUAGUUUUAUCUCGUGCAACAUUACAUACGAAAAAACUUAAUAGCGAUAUUUUGUCAAAGAAAGAUGGUGAGGUGUAGCUACAGAUGUCAGCGCAUGAGGAUGAUGCAAAUUGAGAAGCGAAAAAUAAGAAAAAAGUACGCCGCGAGAUCAGAGAUCUCAGCUUUGUAAUAUAUAUACAUAUUCAUACUUACGAUAAAAACUUACCUAUAUUGUUACUUAUAAAUAUAAUAUAUUAUAUAUUAUAUAAAUAAUGCUGAUGAUAUAUAAAUACAUCUUAUUUUAAGGCUUACUACAAUAUAGUUGGGUGGGGUUAACGGUUGGAGACAACUAAAAAAUGUAUAAAAAAAUGUUACAUAUAUUAUAUAUAAAAAAUAGAUAUAGUUAUAUUCAUAUACAUGAGAAUUCGAGAAGCGAUUAAAUGCAAAGUAUAUCAUAUAACGCCGUAAAAUAAACAAAAAAAAAACAUAUAACGAUAGCGUGUUCAGCCAUGCAUUAGUUCCGUAAAGAAAAUAAAUAAUGAAGAUACGAAAAGAAGUGAAGAAAACUAUGAUCGAAAACAAAAUGCAGAAAAUCCUUUUUGUUACACCUUUUUAUAAGAAGAUAAGCAUCGAAUAGUUAAAUUGUCGAAUAGCAACAAGAUUUUUCAAUUUGCGUAAGUCUAGAACCAAAUCAGUUUAAUGAUUAAAGACAAGAAAGGAUAAUCUCGUUAGGUUGAUUGGCUCAACGUUUAAUGGAGCCUCGUUAAAUAGGAAUCUUUGCUUUCUUUCGCGAUAGUGCCUUCAAUACGAAAGGGAAAAGUAUAAUCCGGUCGAUCAUGUAAACAGCCUUUUUUACGAUUUUUACACUUGUCCCCCUAUUUGUACAAAAAAUAAUAAAGACGAAUGAUUAGAUGAUAACUAACUUGGUAAAUGUCAGCUUUUUCUUCUUUCCUCGCAAAGCCAUUGCCAGUGUGUAUCAAAGACUGGCAACUUUUGGAAUGAAAAGAAUAUUAUAAGACUUUCCAAAAAAAUGCGAGAAACAAACGAUACGGAAAUAAUAUUCUUUCCUAUACUUACUUUCAUGCAUAUUUCUAUCUCGAUAAGGAAUAGUAUGAUAGGCGAUUUAGCUUCGGUCGUAUUUCAUUUUAAUCAACUUCAAACGACAAAUGUGUCGAUCUUGCGAAGAGUAUAUUUUACGUUAAAUACAUUGGAGUACUUUUCCAUGAGGCUAAAAGAAGAAUCCUUAAGUACCUGAAAUCUUUUCCAUAUCUAUAUUGCGGCAAAAACCGAUGCUUUUUUUAAUAUUUGACAGUCGUGAGAAUAAAAAAAACAAAAAAUGUUAAUGCAAUAGCAAAAUCUCAAUCGAGAGGAUCUCGUGCGAUUGUUCGACCGGAGCUUUUUUGCUGAUAAGAUCAAAAGGAGCCUUUUGCAUAAUGACGAGAAUGAUGACGAUCGAAUUAAUGAUACAUGAAGACAGCCAUGCGCAAAAUCGAGAAUGAAAGGAAGGCGCGAAGAAAAGAGAAAGGGGGAAGGGGGAAAGAAAAUAAAAAAAAAGUGUGUGUAACAAGUAAAGCGUUAAUCGACGCACUGCAAUUGUCAGCCAUGUAAAUAUAUUCAUAGUUCAUAAAAUAGUAAUAGGAUGUAAGAAGUAAUAGUUCCAGGCGAAAAAAAAAUCCAAAAAGAUGUCGAUUUAAGCCGUGACGGCGCACCUAGCGAGUGACAGUGCUGUUGUGAUAAUGUGAUGAAUUUAUGAUGCUGAUUAAUUGAUGAUGAUGAAUUUGAUGCUAUGAUGAUGAAAAUCUGUACCAUGUGUCUGAUUACGAAUCUUGUGUAUGUGUAUUUGGGAAUUGUAACGUUUGUGAAUAUAAAAUAAAAAACCAAAAAAACCGAA